AUGACUGCAGGAAUACUCCGUUUGCCGACUCUGGUCCUUGCGAUCCUUUGUCUGGGAAUCAUUGGUCAAUCUGAAGCCACGGUCUGCGCUGCUGUAUGCCAAAAGGAACCACAGAGUUGUCCCUAUGGUCAGAGGGCCUCAGGUUUUGAGGUUUGUCUUCCAACUAACCGAUACUUUGCAACCUGUACAGUCCUGACUCGGUUUGUCCACACAGGGCUGCUGGGGCUGCUGUCAGCCCUUCUAGUGCUACUACAAGAUUAUAGCAACGAGCUUUUCAUGAGUUGA